UUGUCUGUUUCGAGUUGUUCUUUUCUAUCCUGGUGGAGAUGGAUCCCAACUGUUCUUGCUCUAGCGGUGGCUCCUGCACGUGCGCCGGCUCCUGUAAAUGCAAGGAGUGCAAAUGCACCUCCUGCAAGAAGAGCUGCUGUUCCUGCUGCCCCGUGGGCUGUGCCAAGUGUGCCCAGGGCUGCGUAUGCAAAGGGGCGUCGGACAAGUGCAGCUGCUGUGCCUGAUCUUGGGGAGCCCGUUCCUGAUGUAAAUAGAUCCACAUGUAUAAGUCUACAGUUUAAAGACUUCU